UCACAACUAGACUAGGCCGCGAUCGUAGAUAAAUCAACUAUAGUCUAAGGACACACAAAAUUAGGAGGAAUCGCGGGUAAUCCCAUGGGGUCUUCCGACGAGGAGAAUGCGCGUCUGGCGCAUCCCGAGUUUUGGGAUCAGCGCUACGGUCAAGCCAACGGCGACCGGCCAACUCACGAGUGGUUUCGAACUUUCGGUGAUCUCGACUCGUUCUUCAACAUCAGACUCUUUAAAAAUCGGAACCCAGACUCAAAGCCAAAGAUAUUACAUCUGGGGUCAGGAGAUAGUGAUGUUCCGGUGGGGCUCUAUGAAAGGGGCUACAAGAAUCAGCUAUGUGUUGACUUUUCCUCGACCGUCGUGGGUAUUAUGUCUAAGAGACAUUCAAGUAUGGAAGGCAUUGAAUGGAAAUAUGCGGAUGUCCGUCGUAUGGACGACCUGCCUGACAAGUCCGUAGACAUUGCCUUCGAUAAGGGAACGUUGGAUGCUAUGAUUUAUGGUAGCCCGUGGUGCCCACCAGACGAUGUGAAGGACAACACUAGCCAAUAUAUUCGCGAGGUCAGCCGAGUGCUUAAGGAUGAUGGCGUAUUUCUUUACGUAACGUACCGGCAGCCACACUUUAUAAGACCUCUUCUGAACUGUAAGGGAACCGAUUGGGAUAUCGAACUGGAUAUUCUGGGUGAUGGCACUAGCUCCUUUUCUUACCAUGGAUUCGUCUUGAGGAAGAAACCAUGACGGAUUCUACCAAAGCACCAAUGAUCAAUCCAAGCACCGUAUCCAAGCCGAAUAACUUUGAUAUCACAGAUUUCUUAAGAUUCACGGCACCUCGCCCCCGCCUCCAUACCGGAGAGGUUUUAUGGACGACCCAGUUGUACUGGCAGCACAGGAAACGUUCGCUAGAGU